ACAAAGCAUAAUAAGCGUUCUCUCUAUCUGAAAUUUAUCUUCAGAGAGCUUUGUGUCCAGAUUGCCAGAGGGCAUGCAGAGUGCUUAGCUGACUUGCCAAGUUAUCUGGCUGGUCACUUGUGGUGGGACACAGUCUCUGCCUGCCCUGAUCACAGAAAACAGCCAUGCUUUUUAGACUGGGAUAAAAGCUUCUAAAUGUUUUAAAACCCAACUUUUCUGAACCUAAGGGUUUUCAUUUGUUUUGCUCUGCAUUGGAACGUGUAAGUAAUUUUUAUGUUUUUGUAAAUUUGAUUUUAAUGUCUCUGCUGUUUAAACUGCUUUGGGAAUGUGUUGAUAGAAUUAUAUAAAUAAGAAGUGAUCUAUUCUCUGCUGUGAAUUCCUUCUUGAUUGCCUUGCUGUGUGAGAGAUUCAUAUCUGUGGCUUAUUUUUGCUCUAUCCUUUACCUUGACCUCUGUUUUUCAGAUAUGUGAAAUGGGCACAUUUGUUCAGGAAUAUGUUCAUGCUUAAUUCAGAGGCAAAAUGCCAUGCAUUGCGUGCAAGUUGCAGGGAGCAAGGAAGGCAGGAAAACGUUUGUGCUAAGCUGGAAGCACUCCUGUUGUGGUUGCUUAAUAAAAACCAUUUCCAGUAUACAUUGAUUUUAUAAGCAAUAAGCAUACUCCUGUUGUAAUUGCUUAAGGAAGCCCACCUACUGUGUUAAGAAAACUGAAAUUUCUGUUGACUUUUGCACUAUUAUCUGUGACCCACCCCACCAUUAAAAAAAAUACUUUUAGGUUGGCUACAGGUCUGGAACUCAGCUACUGAAAACCAUGCUUGUCUACCAAGCCCAGCUAAUGUUUUAUACCGUAGAGAUUGUGUGUAGAACAGUGGUUCUUUCAACUCUCAAGCAAAAAUGUAAAAGAGCUGAGUACUUUAUCUUACAACAUUGGCUGACAUCGAGAUGAAGUAAACAUCCUAGCUCCCAACAAAAUGCUGGUGCUUGCCUUAAAGGGGUCCAAUUACAGUGGACUACUAGAACGACAUCGUAUUCAUACCAAAAAUGUGGAGCAUGUUGUAGAUAGUCUAAGGAAUGAGAACAUUGAAGUCCGUCUUGUGAAACGCAGAGAAUAUAAUGAAGAGACUGUUCGGUGGGCAGAUGCUGUUGUAGCAGCAGGAGGUGAUGGCACUAUGCUUUUGGCAGCCAGUAAGGUGUUGGAUCGAUUAAAACCAGUUAUUGGAGUAAACACAGAUCCAGAUAGAUCUGAAGGCCAUUUGUGUUUGCCUGUACGAUAUACACACUCAUUUCCAGAUGCCCUGCAGAAACUCUAUCGUGGCGAGUUCAGAUGGCAGUGGCGGCAGCGAACACGGUUGUACCUUGAAGGGACUGGUAUUAACCCUGUCCCUGUUGAUUUGCAUGAACAACAGUUGAGUCAAGAACAGCACAGCAGGGCCCACGUUAACGAAAGAUUUCAGGAUCAACGGUCUCAGGUGUCUGAACCACAUCUCCUGCCAGUGAGAUCAUUAAAUGAAGUCUUUAUUGGAGAAUCUCUGUCAUCCAGGGUGAACUAUAAGUCCUGCAAACCCAGUUUUAAAUUCUCCCUUCAUAGGGCCUCUUAUUAUGAAAUAUCAAUUGAUGAUGGUCCAUGGGAGAAACAGAAGAGUUCAGGUCUUAAUAUAUGCACUGGAACUGGAUCAAAAGCCUGGUCCUUUAAUAUCAACAAGGUAGCAAAUCAGGCUGUGGAAGAAAUCCUUAAGAUUGCUAAAAGUUAUGAGAACGUAAGCAUCCCAUUGAGCAAGGAACUCAUAGAAAAAGUAACAAAUGAAUAUAAUGAAUCACUGCUGUACAGUCCAGAAGAACCCAAGAUGUUUUUCAGUAUACGAGAACCUAUUGCAAACCGUGUUUUUUCAAGUAGCCGGCAGCGGGGGUUUGCUUCAAAAGUUUGUAUCCGCUCUCGUUGUUGGGAUGCCUGUAUGGUUGUAGAUGGAGGAACUUCAUUUGAGUUUAAUGAUGGAGCAAUUGCAUCAGUCUUGAUCAACACAGAAGAUGCGCUAUGUACUGUUUCACUAGAAGAAUGAAGAGAUCACUGAAAGCAUUCAGAAUGAAGAGAAGGGAUGCUGCACCAUUUCAGAUGUGAAACCUGCUUUUCAGUGUCGAUGGACAUUUGGGAAACAGUUGGAAAUGGCUUUUCAUCUCUUUGGUUUCCCAAGAUUUUUUUGCCCAGUGUCUGUAACUUACUGCAUCUGGUAACAGGAAUGUUACCUGAAGGCUUGGAUCAAAAGUCUGCAAAGUUGUGACUUGUAAAAAUCUUAAUGUGACAGAAUGCUUUUAAUACUAAGGCAGGGGUUCAAACUGGUAUUAAUAUUAAACUGUACAGUUGUGUUGUAGCAGUCUGGUACUGAUUCUGCAAAAUACUUGAUUGUUCCAAUAUACUACAUCACGUUUUUUAAAAGCAAAUUAUGUCAAAUUGAAGCUAAAAUCUAGAUCAGUGUUUGGUUUAUUUACCCAACUAAUUGAAACAACCUUUUUCUAUACAUCAAUAAUUUUACAGUUCUGGUUUGUCAUAGUUGGAAGCUGAUUUUUAGCACUCUGAAUUUUCUACAGUCCACUAACACCUACAAAAAAUCCAAGUGCAUCUUGUGACUAGAAAAGAUUUAUUCAGUUUGAGUGAUGUGUAAUGUAUCUUCCCUACCUUCUGUGACUAUAGAUAAACUCACAUGAAAUUAUCCCCAUUUUUAGUGAUCUGAUAAGUAUGUGGUUUUUUAUCACCAAUCUGAAUUGGGUUCUGAAAAGUGAUCCUUGCUUGAUGUCCCAGUAGUUUAUUAUUAUUUUUGUCCCCAGAAGAUGUGUAUAGUAAUACUUCUAGGCAACGUUGUGUACUUAGAAAUCUGGAACUAAAUCUGCAUAAUUAGUGUGAUUACAUAACACAAUUUCUUUUACAUUUCAAACAGGGUAAGAGUAUGCAUAUUUGUUAAAUGGAUACAAUUACAAGACUAAUCUCCAUUUGCGAUAGGGAAAAUGUUCAAGGAUUGUAAAACUGUACUAAGUGUUGUGUGGUGAAGGGAGUCUGGCUAUGACCAAUUUUAAGCAAAUAUCACUUUGUUAGAACUCCUGUUUCUUGCCAUAUAGAUACAAUACAACAACCCACAGAACUAUGAUCACAGGCAAAUGCUUACCAUUAUUUAUUUAAACAAGCUGUAGAGCUGUCUUUGUAAAGGAGGUGUUCAGUAAUGUAUUGCUUGACAGUGAACUUAAACUUGGGCAAGAUUCAGGUUGGCUGCAACUGAAAAGCUGGCUGCUCUUGCCUCUAUUGCAGUUGUGAGAGUACUGUCAACAAACUCACUGCUUACAUUUGAAAUAGUGAGAAUGAAUCCUCCAUGAAGAAUCCACUUUAAUUACAAAUUAAAAGCAGUAAAUAAGUUUAAGUCUUCUGGUCUUGGCAACAAGUUAAGCAGUUUUGAAGGUGUAAGUCUGCUUUACAAUGGUAAAUUUCUUAACAAAUGGUGCAGCCAUUACACAAAUGGUUAGACAUCUAGCUUUUUAAACUGCAUUGUGAAGCUCCCCUUUAAUUUUGUGUGCUGCAAAAUCCAAUACUGAAUGGUCUGCAUUGUUAGCCCUCGGGGCAGUUACUUGAAAGGAUGCUAUGUUGAGAUCAGCGGGACUUAUUUCGAAGUAAAUGAGUUUAAGAUAAGGAUGAAAAGCAGAGAAAAUGAAUAUUUUGUCCUGUAAAUUGUUCACUUGAAAUUAAGAAUGCUGUGAAAUA